CAUGUCAAAAAAACCCUGUAAAUAAAACAGUUUAUCACAUUGUUUAUGAAGAAACACAAAACAAUUGUAUUGUAAACAACCUUGGACAAUGUUUUUAUAUUUCAGGGCGAUAUGUGUCAUUCGAAAUUUCGCAUCAACGCAUUUCGUAAGUCAAAGUUUCGAGCUACAUACGCGAAAUUUUGGAUUAUUCUAUCAUGUUAAGAUGUAGAUGAAUGUACCCUCGUUUUAUCACAGGACAUGUCACAAUGUUGGCUAUGCGGAUCGUUAUGUUAGAGGGUACGAAUAUCUGGUGAAAUGGGUUGGUUAUGACGUUUCUGAAGCUACAUGGGAACCAGAAUGCCAUCUAUCGGCCACUUUAAUUUCGCACUACGUUCCGCCAUCUAUUGAAGAUCAUAGGCUCAGACACUUUUCUCUAACCUUUGAGAGAGCGGUACAGGCUAGACUGAAAUCUAAAAAUCCGACAGUUGUGAUGUGCGUUGAUCUCGAUAUUUACCGAUAUGUAUUUGGUGAAUCAACAAAGCUGUGCGAGUUGAAUGACUUUAGUUUGUUAGAUCUCCCAGAUUACUGGUGCUAUUCUCUGAAUAAAGAUGGCACCGGAAGAAAGUUGAAAUUUCCGAUUAAGCUAACCGUUCGUCUCAAUGUGAGAAAAAUGUAUGUUAAAGAAGACGGCAAAUUAACAUUGAAGUUCAUGUCAGCUAUACGCUUGCACUGAAUCCUGCACUUUAUUAGAUGUGUAAGUGUCUUUGAAGAACACUGACUGUAUAUAAAACAUAUCUGUUUGUUGUUUUUGUAAAUAUUAUUGUUUCAUGCUUAAUUUUGAUGUUGUGAAAAAAAAAUCUGCUUUUGAUUUUGCUAUCAAAUACAAAUAUAUUGAGUUGUGUUU